CGCGGCCCCGGCCGCGCUCUGCCCCUGUACAGGCUGUGAUGGCCCCGCGCUCGCCGCUCCCCCGCCUCGGGUGACAGGCACGCCGAGCAGAGCCGCGGCCUCGCAGCUUUCCCUUUCGCCUGCCAAAGUUGGGCUUCGGUGGCUCGGGGUCGGGGCGGCGGCGCCUCCGCCCUGGAGCGGCCCCGAUGGGCCCGCGGCCGCAGACCCUGUCACCGCAGCCGCCCUCCUGAGGCAGCCCGGCGGCACGGCCGCUGUAGCCGGGGGCAGCUGUAGCCGGGGGCGGCCGCGGCGCUCGCGUUGCUGCAAAGCCGCUCUGCGGGGCGGAGUGUGUCCCCGCCGGCUCGCCGUGCGGGGAGGCGGGCCGGGGGCCGGCUGAGAUGGGAGAGAGCAUGUCCAAGAGGCUGAAGCUGCAGCUGGGCGGUGAAGCGGAGAUGGAGGAGCGGGCUUUCGCCAACCCCUACCCCGACUACCCGCCCCAGGGAGCCGUGGCAGCCCCCAGCGCGGCGGACGCUCACCGGGACAGGGCGCUGCAGCCGCCGGCGGAGGAGGACUCCCUCCCCUUCGGCGCCGAUGGGAAGGUCAAUGCUCGGUUCUCAAAACGGAUCCAGGCAAAAAUCAAGGACCUUCUGCAGCAAAUGGAGGAAGGGCUGAAGACAGCAGAUCCACAUGACUGCUCUGCCUAUACUGGCUGGACUGGUAUUGCCCUCUUAUAUCUGCAACUGUACCGCGUCACAAAAAACCAGAGCCACUUGCAGCGAUCUCUCGAUUACGUGAAGAGAAUCCUUCGCAAUCUGAACGGCAGAAGAGUUACUUUCCUCUGUGGUGAUGCUGGGCCAUUGGCAGUGGGUGCAGUGGUUUACCACAAGCUGAAAAACAGCAGUGAAUCUCAAGAUUGUGUUGCCAAGUUGUUGCAGCUCCAGAGGACAGUCAUCAGCACAGAUUCUGAACUUCCAGAUGAGCUGCUCUAUGGCAGAGCAGGUUACCUGUAUGCCUUGCUGUACCUGAACACUGAAAUCGGUCCAGACACUGUCCCACAGUCUGUUAUCAAAGAGGUAAUAGAUGCUAUUAUUGAGUCGGGGAAGAACUUCUCCAAGGAGGAGCGGAAGACAGAGCGCUGUCCUCUGCUGUACCAGUGGCACAGGAAGCAGUAUGUUGGAGCAGCCCAUGGAGUGGCUGGCAUCUAUUACAUGCUCAUGCAGCCAAUUGCAAAUGUGGACCAGGAGACCCUGACAGAGCUGGUGAAGCCAAGCAUUGACUACGUGCGUCAUAAAAAAUUCCGAUCUGGGAAUUACCCAUCAUCGCUGAGCAAUGAGACUGACAGGCUGGUUCACUGGUGCCAUGGUGCCCCUGGAGUCAUCCACAUGCUCAUGCAGGCUUAUAAGACUUUUAAAGAGGAUAAAUACCUGAAAGAUGCUAUGGAUUGCAGUGAUGUCAUCUGGCAGAGAGGUUUAUUGAGAAAAGGGUAUGGGAUCUGCCAUGGUACUGCUGGCAAUGGCUACUCCUUCUUGUCUCUCUAUAACCUAACUCAGGACAGAAAGUACCUCUACCGAGCUUGCAAGUUUGCUGAAUGGUGUUUAGAGUAUGGUGCACAUGGAUGUCGUAUUCCUGACCGACCUUAUUCCCUCUUUGAAGGCAUGGCUGGAGCUAUUCACUUCCUCUCAGACAUUUCAGUACCGGAGACUUCCCAGUUUCCAGCGUUUGAACUUAGACCUCAAAGGAGAGAAAACAAAGUGGAACAGGACAGCUAAAACCAUCAUUUUGAAAGGAAACUGAUGCCAAAAGAGAUGAGACUGUUUCGUGCCUCUGAUAGUGAACGAACUUGACGCUGAACCGACAGAUGGAUAAAGCCCUUUUCUCACCCCUUCUGCCCCAAAGGACCAUGAAGUCUUUAGAGCAUGAACAGGAGAAGCCACACCUAAAUUCUGUUAAAGUGACACCUUCAGAUGUAGGACCAGAGAAGUCAAGUUUUGAACUUUCUCUUUUCUGUUGUAUUUGUCUCUUCAGGUCUUUGCCAUGCUCUGCACGUUUAUUGGUGUUGUGUGUUGAUCCGAGUCCUUUGUUGUUAGCCACAAGCUGGUCUCCGUGUGAAUCUCUGUCCUGUACCUCCGUGCAUGACUCACAAGAGCAGUGUUGCUUUCUGCAGCGUGCUUACCGCAGGGAGAGCUCGCUGCAGGACGGUGCCCAGCUUCACUGGUGUGCUGGCAGCUCUACAGAGAGGUGAAAAUGUUUCUGUGUUCAUUUUUUUCUGCCUUUUUCUCCACAGUCCUUACAAGCUAAGCUGGUGGAGAUCAGCCUGUUUUGUUGAAGAGGCGUGAGGCCGUUUUUGUUUUCAGAAAGUUAGCAGGUUGGAAGGGAUCUGAUUUGUCUUUUGCUGCUGUUGUGGGAGGCUGCUUCUGUUGUUCCCUGUGAUAGCUGCAGCUGGUUAGUGUGUUAGGUGCUUAUAGCAGGGUGGAGAUGCUCCUUCCCACCGCUGCAAAGCCCAUCCCAUGCCUUGAGCUUAAGCUGCAGGUGGAGUCACUCGGACUGACCUCCCUCUGCCACCAACAGCAGAGCCUGAACAGCAGAACUGCUUCUCCUUUCCUAGACCUCGAUUUGGAAUAAACCUCUCCUGCAGCAUCUCAUAUACACAUGAGCAAGGGAGGCUGCCAGGGCAAGCCUCCCAUGCAGGUAGCUCAGGAUGGUUGUUACUUUGGAACCAAAGUGGUGAUUUGUUCUGGCCCUCCCCUCCCAUGCAGUAGUACAGGAGUGAUAAGUACCAGCUGCUUUUGGAAGCUGCAGAGAUUAUUGAGCAAUAUGAAGCCAUUGCUAGUGGCUGUAAUUGAAGUAUAAUUCAUCUUCAAAUCCACACAGUAAAAGCUCUUUUCCCAUAGUCUUAACUGCUGCUAGUGCUUUGCUUCCCCUUGUAGUGUGGUGGGGUUGUGAAGUACUAGACCUGCCUCCAGGUGCUCCUGAGUAUCAGGCCAUUGGUUUGGGAGAAGUGGGACAUACUUUGAGUGCUCUCAGAGCAGGCUUAUGUGUCAGGUAGUACCUGAAGUGUAGUGCACUCCCAGUCACUCAGGCUCUGUGGUCAUCCUCCCCCAGGUCUCCUGUGCUGUCUCAGUCCAGGUGCUGAUUUUAAUUGGUAUCUUCUGUCAGGUGUAAGUGUGACAGAUGGCACAGUUUGACCUUUUGGGCACACAUCAGGAUAUGUGUGACCUGUGGGCCACCUGCUGAGUGCCAGUGUCUGUGGUUGGGCUUGGAGAUGCACUAUUGCUCCUGCAUAAAUCAGACUUGAUUUGUCACCUGGCAGGUGACUUCCUAGAGCACAUUCCAGUGCCCGUUGCCACAUCCCUUGCAAUGUUAAUAAUUUCUCCAUUCAGUUCUGCUGGACAGCAGCAGCAAUGUAAGUGCACAAACAGCUUACCAUCACAGUGUAGCAGCUUCUCUGCUGGUUUGUCAGGGAGGAUUAAAACAUGGGAGCAGCAGAAGAGACUUCUCCACCCCUCUGGCAAAGGCAGAAGGUGAGAUGGGAGCAACAAACCCAGCUGCAUCUCUAUAGCCAGAGACUGGGGAAAAUGCUGAAAGGCAGUGGGAGUGGGGAAUGCUGCAUGGCAAG